UUACAUCUUCCCUAUUAACAGGCUAACCAUUGCACUUAAUCAAAAUGCCCAUUGACGAAUAUUCUCACUUUUUUUCUAAUGGAGACGUCAAGAUCCAUUACCACCUUUACGGACAGGGUCCAGCCUUGGUGUUUGUCCAUGGCCAUCCAGACAACGAAAUGACCUUUUCCAAACAAAUCGACGAGUUCUCCAAAGACCAUACUGUCAUUCUUCCUACCCUUCGAGGAUAUCCCCCAAGCGAUGUGCCGCUAGACCCAGACGCCUACGAUGGCAAUGUUAUGGCGGGUGACUUGGUGGCCCUUCUGGAUCACUUGAAGAUUGAAAAGGCAAUCUUUGCAGGAGGGGAUGUUGGAGGCAUUACUGUGCAAAAGCUUGCUUUCCUACACCCCGAGAAGCUAUUGGGUCUGGUCAUCUUCAACACACCAAUUCUCGGCACCAUGAUGCAUCUCAUCCACCACGAUAAAGAACAACAGGAGCUGUCCAAGUACUCACUCAAGUACAUCAAGCACAACCCCGGCGACGAGUACGACCUGGAUCACGUUGUCCGCAUCAUCACGGAUCCCGAUUACCGCGCUAAAAUUAAAGAGUAUCUCAAGAACUCUCCAGAGGGCGGCAUGUUUUACUUUUUCCGCAAGAACUUUCCCGCGCCGCCGUAUGGCCAAAACAUUGACACUUCAGGCAUGCACUACAAGAUGCCCUGUGUGGUGAUCUGGGGAAUGCAGGAGCCGUACUUUUCGGACAAGAUGCUGGAUGGAUUCUAUAAAUGGUUUGAUCAAUCGGUCCGAGUUGUUACACUGCCUCAGGCUGGACACUGGCCUUGGAGAGAAGAUGCGCCAAAAGUAAACCGAGAGCUGCGGUCGUGGCUUAAUGCGCUGGAAAGCGGACAACUUUGAUGGAAUUCAUGGAGAGAACAUCGAAGAGAUCGAUAAUGAAUGGAGUAAAAUGACAGGGAUCGUUAUGAUCAUGAAAAUACGGGGGCAUUUUGGGAGAAAAGGGAAAAGCAC